CGGACCCUCCCUCCUUUCCACCACGUGUCCCUCCCUCUCUCCCGGAGGGGACGUGAGGACGGCUAAGAGGGAGAGGAUCGAAAGGACCGACGGAAGGAGAGGAGGAUGGUACCCUGACUCUCCGGGCUUCGCCCCCACCUCUCCAGACACCCACUCUCACUCACGCCGCCCCCUCCAAGCGCCCGCCCCCGCCCCGUGCGAGCUGUCCCGUCCUGCGCUCGGAGCCCCGCGCCCUGCUUCCUGUACCCCGCGUCCUGCGUCUUGCGACAUGGAGUCCGCCACCUUCCCCCUCCCAUUUCCCCUGAAAGAAGAGGAAGAAGAAGAAGAAAUUCAGACCAAGGAAAUAGAGGAUGGAUCCAUGGAUUUGCAGAGAGUGAGAAUCUGUGCAGAAGGUGGCUGGGUACCAGCCCUGUUUGAUGAGGUGGCCAUAUAUUUCUCUGAUGAGGAAUGGGAAGUUUUAACUGAGCAACAAAAGGCACUCUACCGAGAGGUCAUGAAAAUGAAUUAUGAAACCGUACUGUCCCUGGAAUUCCCAUUUCCUAAACCAGACGUGAUCUCUCAGUUGGAAGUAGAGGAAAGCCCUUGGGUUCCUUACCCUCAGAACUCUGAGGGAUGGAAACUCCAGGGAGGCGCCAUCACAGGGAAUGAAGAAUCUGAUCUAAAGCAUCCAGAGUGGACCCCCCCAUUGAGCAUCGCUCCUCAUUUCCCCCAACCACAGCAUCUUGAAAACUUUGCUUUCCAUCUGCCCCAAGACAUCCCAGAAAUGUCUGAGUGGAGUGAAGGGUACCCAUUCUUCAUGGCCAUGGGUUUCCCAGGGUAUGAGCUGGGGAUAGAUGACAUAGCAAGUAAGUUUCAGCUGAGUAGGGGGAUCCGCCGGAGCUAUGAUGCAGGCUUCAAGUUAAUGGUUGUGGAUUACGCAGAAAGUACUAACAACUGCCAGGCUGCCAAGCAGUUUGGGGUGUUGGAGAAAAAUGUCCGUGACUGGCGGAAAGUGAAGAUGCAACUGCAGAAUGCCCACGCGAUGCGACGCGCUUUUCGAGGCCCCAAGAAUGGAAGGUUUGCGCUGGUGGACCAGCGGGUAGCCGAGUAUGUGAGGCAGAGGCAGGCCAAAGGAGACCCCAUCACAAGAGAGGCAAUGCAACUCAAAGCCUUAGAAAUUGCCCAGGAAAUGAAUAUUCCUGAAAAGGGAUUCAAAGCAAGCUUAGGAUGGUGUCGUAGGAUGAUGAGGAGGUAUGACCUCUCUUUGAGGCAUAAGGUACCUGUGCCCCAGCAUCUGCCUGAGGACCUGACAGAGAAACUCAUCACUUAUCAGCGUAGCAUUCUGGCUCUUCGAAAAACACACGAUUACAUGGUGGGGCAGAUGGGGAAUGCUGAUGAGACUCCGAUUUGUUUGGAGGUACCAUCUCGAGUGACUGUUGACAACCAAGGGGAAAAGCCAGUUUUGGUGAAGACCCCAGGCAGGGAAAAACUGAAAAUCACAGCAAUGCUUGGUGUCUUGGCUGAUGGAAGAAAACUGCCUCCGUAUAUCAUUCUAAGGGGAACUUAUAUCCCCCCCGGAAAGUUCCCCAGUGGGAUGGAAAUUCGCUGCCAUCGGUAUGGAUGGAUGACGGAGGACUUGAUGCAGGACUGGUUGGAGGUGGUGUGGAAACGUAGGACUGGAGCAGUGCCGAGGCAGCGGGGGAUGCUGAUCCUAAAUGGCUAUCGAGGUCAUGCUACUGAUUCUGUUAAAAACUCCAUGGAAACCAUGGAUACAGACAUGGUCAUCAUCCCGGGAGGCUUGACUUCUCAGCUACAAGUGCUGGAUGUGGUAGUCUAUAAACCUCUGAAUGACAGUGUGCGUUCCCAGUACUCAGAGUGGCUCCUCGCUGGCAAUCUUGCGCUCAGCCCAACUGGGAAUGCCAAGAAGCCUCCCCUUGGCUUGUUUCUAGAGUGGGUCAUGGUUGCGUGGAACAGCAUCUCAAGUGAUUCCAUUGUCCAGGGAUUCAAAAAGUGCCACGUCUCCAGCAGCAUGGAUGAUGCAGACGUCCUGUGGGAAUUAGAGGGUGACUUGUCGGGAGGAGGUGAUCCCCCAAGAGAAGGUGAAGCUAACAGCAUGACUGAGAGCAACUGACGCAAAAGUUAAGCAAGUGGAACUGUGAAUGGAAACAACUGAGGAAGAAAAUCCUCAGGAAGCUUCCAGGGAAGCAGAUGCACAGGAAACAUCAGGAAAAUGCCAAGUUGAUCAGAGAAGCCUGGGUAAGAUGAGCCACGGGUGCAUCCCUUCCCAAGAACACAGAGCCCUUCCCCUCAGGAGAGACAUUUUCAUGAGAGAUUGGAUGUGGAAAAGAAAAACUGAGCUUCUGUUCUGUCCGUGGCACUGUCUUGAAGAUUAUUUCGUGUGCCCACCAGAAGCAGUCUGUAAAUAUCAUGGGUGGCAGGCAUUUCAUGGAGAAAAGCCCAUUUGUGCAUCACCAGAAACAUCACAUAGGAGACAAGCCCUACCACUGUCCUUUCUGUGGGGAAAGCGUCAAUAUUAUUUGUUUUGUUCCGCCUUUGGGAAUGCUCCCUAACGCCAUCCCACAUAAGUCAUAAGUGGGGAGGCAGUUCUGUAGCUGCAUGUAGUAUCACUUAGGAUUCCUUCUUUAUGUUUUCUUCUCUUACUGGAAAAACCAGAUACUGUUAAUGGCAAGAUAAAGACAGACAUCCUGGACUGGUGCCGGCGGAUAAAAUGCUCCUAUAGGCAGUUAAACUAGGUUAGGAUGGAAGAUAUAGGACAAUAGAGUAUUCUGUACUUAUUUACCCUCCCAAAUUAGCAGGCAGCUAGACUUCUAGUCUCAGACAUUGAUGGGGGUAUUUUCCCCAUUAUAUUUAAAGCUAAGGCAGCAGUUAAUACAAAGGCUGCCGUUGAUAAUUCCCAUAAAUUAUCUACUGUAUAUGGUACAAAGUCCAUUUAUUUCUCUUACUCAUCUGGCUAAUUUUUUUAAUAAAAGUUUUAUCUUCACAAGGGCAGUGAGGGGACUUGGACCUUUGGCCACUGCCAUUUGGGAACGUCAGUGUAACAACUCCACCUCUGCAAAAAAGAGGUACGGACAUUUUAUUGUGACAAUUUUUAGAGAUUUUCAUUCCCAUUCAGUCAAGGUGCGGUAGGAAAGCUUUUGUUCAAAGCUGCCUAGACCUCACCAGUAUAACAGAAAAGCUCAUGGACAAAGCUACAAUUAGAAACGCUAAUUCAAUACCAAAUCAGUGUAUCUAAAUACCAGUUACCUUUUUCUUGCUGUUUUCUCAGCUCACUUUUCCACUGCUAGUAAACCGCUCUUGCCUUCCUAAAAAUCCCUAUUUCUGACCAGGGACUCAGGUUCUCUGCAGGGACAUAACCUUUCGAAUGCCUUUUUCACUUAUUUUUCCACCAGGCAAAUGGUGGAUCCAAUUCAGUCUAACUUCUUUCUGCAGGAUAAAUGACAUGACUAAAUUUCAUUCUCUUCCUUUGAACUGCAUUUUUGCAGAAGUGCUUCUCUCCCCUAGACUCUAUCUACAUUUCCUCUCUUAACUCUGCUACUGGAACUAGUUUCAAGUUCCAAUCUCUUCCACAUGUCCCCUCUGAUCUUAGCUAGUCUUGUCCCUUACCCCUUUUUUGUUAUCCUAAAUCAUCUGUAAUUGAGAGGUUAUCUUGUACUGGAAGGUUCAAGAAUUUUGUGACCUAAAUUUCAGGAUCAUGGGUUAGAGGUUAGCUAAUUUUUUUUUCCACUGGUAAAGCUGGGCAGUGAAUUAAUCGGCACUUGUUUCAUUCUGUGAACAAUCCCUUCCAUUUCUUCGUCGGCAUCUUUUGGUGGUGGUUGUUCCAAACCCGUGAUUUCCCUAGUGCAGGGAAUUGUCCACAGGGCAGCUCCCUUUGCCAGUGCAGAUCUCGGAGAGUUGCCUAGAGCACUGAGAAGUGACUUGCCCAGGGUCACGCAGCCGGCAUCGGCCAGCUCUCUACACCACACUGCCUCUCAUCAGCAUCUGACGGGGUGCAUCAUACCAUAGAAUUCUUCUAGAGUAACAGUUCUAAUGUCAGGGUUUUCCGGGGCUCACAUGUUCUUCCACUGAUUUAAUUAUGAUCUAUGCCUCAAAGCCCCAACACUUUUACAGAACUAUUACUUAUAAUGACUGUAGCAUAUAUUUGUUUUCCUGGACUCAGAAUCAGAGAUAGGUGAAAUAGAAGGUAGGUAGAAAUUAACCCCAACAAUAAAAUUUGAUAAUAAAAA